AUGGCUGGCAAAGAAUUGGACGCAAGUGUCAUCGACCCGCCGAAAGAGGUGGAGGAAUCUGAUCUGGACAACAGCAGGUGGUACACCUGGGAUGAUUUGGCCCGGGCUCUCGCUCGGCAUUUCCAAUACAACGUAGAGAUUGUCCCAGAUCGCCUAUCCUUGACUAGGAUAGAGAAAAAGCCCAGUGAGAGCUUCAGGGAGUAUGGUUUCCGGUGGAGAGAACAGGCGGCACGAGUCAAACCUCCAAUGGAGGAAGCUGAAAUGAUGGAGUACUUUCCUCAGGCCUUGGAGCCUAUUUACUUUGGUCAUCUGAUCUCGGCCAUAGAUAAGUCUCUCAAUGAAGUGGUGAAGAUGGGAGGAAUGGUAGAGGAAGGACUCAAAUCAAGCAAGAUCAUGAGUUACUCUGCCAUCAAAGCAACUACACAAGCAAUCCAGAAUGGCACCGGGUGUGUGUUACGGAAAAAGAAGAAAGAAGAUGUUGCUAUGGUCGCCUCAGGAUCAUGGCCGGAGUAUAGAAAUAAAAGGAUGCACCGGAAGAAAACUUUCACCCCGCUUGGAGAGUCUUAUACUAGUUUGUUUCAGAGGUUGAGGCAGUUGGAUGUUCUGAGGCCGAUUGAGUCAAAAUUACAAAAUCCCUCUCCGAAAAACCUGGAUUAUUCCCUCAUAUGUGCAUAUUGUUCUGAUGCUCUGGGGCACGACACAAAAAAGUGUUGGCAUUUAAAGAACGCCAUCCAGGAGCUUAUCGAUACAAAUCAAAUUGUUGUCCAGAGCCCGAAAACUCCAAACAUCAAUCAGAAUCCCUUGCCAGCCCAUGCCGAAAUGCACAUGAUUGAGAUAGUGUAUAAGGAUGGAGAGCCCGAGAAGCCUUUAAAGUCUGUCAUGAUGAUACGUUCCAGUGACAGUAAUUUAGUCAAAACUCUAGUUGUUACAAAUGCAACAUCCUCGAUAGCUGAAGGGCUGAAGGACAAACUAAGCCCGCCCAAUCAAGGAAAGCCGAAAGUGGUGGUGCCGGGUGCAGCAAGUAAGCCUGUCAUAAUCGUUGAAGGGGCUCGCACCGACCCCAUUAUUAUUAAACCUGUGGCCCAGCUGCCGAUAAAUAACACCAAGGCUGUUCCAUGGAAUUACAAGCAAGUGAUAGUAACUUAUAAAGGGAAGGAAGUGGAAGAGGAAGUUAAUGAAACCCGGGGGUUGACCCGUUCAGGGAGAUGCUUUAGCCUAGAGGAAUUAAGGAAAGCUAAGCCACCCAAAGAAAAUCCAAUUCUAGUGAAGAAGCCAGUCACCAAAGAGGAGGCAGAAGAGUUUUUGAGGAAAAUGAAGGUGCAGGAUUACUCAAUCGUAGAACAGUUGAGGAAGACGCCCGCUCAGAUUUCUCUUCUAUCAUUGUUGAUGCAUUCGGACGAGCACCACCGGGCCCUCAGGAAAAUUCUAAAUGAAGCUCAUGUCCCUGACAAGAUCACAGUAAACCAUUUGGAGAAGAUUGCCAACAAGAUAUUCGAGAAAAACAGAAUCACCUUCUCGGAUGAUGAGUUGCCUUUGGAGGGUACGGAGCGCAAUCGGGCUCUCUAUCUCACAGUGAAAUGCGAACAUUCUGUUGUCACAAGGGUGCUAGUUGACAAUGGUUCCAGCACAAACAUCUGUCCUCUCUCCACUCUGCACAAGUUCAACAUUGAUACUGAAAGGAUCCACAUGACAGUACAUGUGUCCGAGGUUUCGACGGAGGGGGAAAAUAUUCCGUUGGCGAUAUCGUGCUCGAACUGA